AUGACUUCCUUCCCUCCGCCACGACGUAGCCGCCAGUCGUGCAGCAAGUCGGAAGACCGACGUCACAUUAUUGCCGCGGAUGAGCCCAAUGAAAUAUCAGACUACCAGCAGUUCAUCCAGCGCGCUCUUGAACAAGAAUAUUGGGACCAGGACCCGAAGCGACGCGGCGGCGGCAUCACCAGCCACCCUGGUCGGAGGAGUUUGACGCCGGUACACCCAGAUCUCAGCGGCCACGUGUGCACGUUACAGCGCUCGGGGACGUUUGGGGGGUCUCGGAGGGAGUCUAGGAGGGAGAGAUCGCGCUCCGUGAUGAGGGAGGAUGCCUGGAAGCGGGCGAGCUGCUACAGUUAUCAGUCCCGCGACAGCACACGGAACAAUACCAACAACAGUAACAACAAUAAACGGCCGUCGUACGUUGGCGUGGAGCCAACAUUUGAGCCGGGCUAUACGCCUCCACCGCCUAGAGAUUUACGCAAGAGCACAAGUGCCGCCAAGCGGAUGUCGGAUUACUUUAGGCCACACAGAGACAUGAUAAACGAGUACGAGGUGCCAGAUAAUGAGCGUCUGAGCCUCUCGCUAUUCUCGGUGUUAUGA